AUGACCGAGACCAGCAGCUCGAGCGCUUUGGAGUCUUCGACCAGCUCCAUCUCGGAGUUCGAUAGUGUUGAUACUGGAGAAUUGGAAGGAAUUCGUAAGAUAUUGUCAUAUGAACAAUUAUUAUCAAUUUUGCUUAUGUAACAUUGCUUUAGAAGCGUAUUUUAAACUUUAUUCUGAAUUUUCACCCAAUUUUUAGUUGUUUUUCCUCGAAUUUUGAAGAUUUGGGUCGAUUAUUAGUAGCUUUCCUUGAUUUUUUAUAAAAAUUGCUGUCAUUUUUUUAAGUAAUUCGUAUAAAUUUUAAAAUUUCAGCGUUGUUUGACAGAAGUCUUGCUGAUAUCCUCCGAGAAGCCAGCAACGGUUCCAAUAGAAUCAAGUAGGUUAUCGUUUUUCUUAAUAUAAUUACGGUUUAAGACUAAGAAUAUCCAUAAAUAUUUUUAAUUUCGUUAAAAGUAUUUGUAUGAUUCUGUAAAGGCUUUCGAAUUUUCUUAAAAAUGUCAUUUAUUGCAUGAAAAACGUCUGUUUUGUCGUGUUGCACGUUGUGCAGUCUGCAAGAAACUUAUCGCGGCUUGCGUCCUGUCAUUCUUGGGGAGGUUUUUCUUGAAAUCCAGAAAUUGAAAAAAUUUUUAUUUCCGCUCUUUUGGGGUCAAAACUUUAGAAUUUUAAAACAGUGUUCAACUCGUAAGUGUAGUUUUUCUAUGAUUAUAUUGUUUUACAUAUUUUUACACCAAUUUCAACCUCAUUUUGAUUUAAUUUCAGUUUUGAAGACUCAAAGAAGGAUGCAAUGUUCGAAAAGUUUUAUAUUGGUUACUGCGAUCCUGCAAAGGCCGAAGAAUCGGUGCCAGGCAUUGCUGACUUCCGCAUCUACAUGAAGGUCAAUGAAUAUCCGGAUCUCAAGGAAUAUGCCGAGCUUACCAUGGUUCAUCGCAGAUUUAACGGAAGUUUUGGGUAAGAUUAGCUUUUAUAUUUAGUUUUGGUAAUUAGGUAUGAGCUUGGGAAGUAAAACCGGCUUUUGAAACCUGUAAUGAAGGGGUUUCAUGAAACAUUUAUGUUAACAUUGACUUUUUUGUUUCAUCGCUGUUUUUGUAUUUUGAAAAGUUAAUUUUUAACUAAAAUUUCUAUGAACAUGUUGUUUUAUGGUUAUUUAGGUUUACUUAUAGAUUUAAAUACAGUUUUACGCUUCUUUUAUCUAUUUUCAGACACUACCAAAUCAAGAAAGGCAUGAUUGAAGGAACACCGAGACUCUACGUCGAUAACCCUUCGAAUCCGGUCCGUGUUGACGUCACUUUCCCAUCUCUGAGCUCUCUUAUGGACUACUACAGCCGGAACUACGUUUUGGGAACCAACUACUGCGACAUCUUCAAGUUGGAGGAAAGCGACGAUAAGCAGAAUUAA